AACUUUCUAGGAUUGGCUACACUGAUCGCAUUUCAGCAAUACCAGUGUGGGCACUUUCGCUUAAAUGUCACAAAUUGUCAGCAAUUUUGAGGCUAACAUUAGUUUUUGAAAAUGUUCAAAGUGAUUAUUGUUUUGAGUUCAGCUGCUUAGAUUUUUUAAAACCAUUACUGUGCUGCUAAUAAAAAUGAAGCCGCUAAACAUAUUUUUUAUAUCAGUUUUUGCCAUUUAUGCUACUCUUUCCAAAAUUUUGUUUGAUAAGGUUUAUCGCACCUCAAAUCUGAUUGUGGAUGAAGAGUUCCAUCUUCCACUCGGGGAAGAGUAUUGCAAAUUCAACUUCCAAGUUUGGGACCCCAAAGUUACAACCUUGCCAGGCUUGUACUUAAUAAGCUCCAUUUUACUUGGCCCCCUUGAACUAUGUUCUACAUAUUGGCUUCGAGCAGUUUCACUGCUCUUUUCUUGCGUGAACUUAAUUCUCUUCUAUAUUAUUUUCUCUAAAAUAACGGCGGGCGGAUGGCAAAAGGUUUUUUCAGCUCUCAUGAUGACUCUUCUGCCUCCCUUGUAUUUCUUGGCCCAUAUUUACUACACGGACACAGUUUCCUUAACUACCAUCCUUCUUUUCAUUAUUUUACAUGAAAAAGACUAUCAUUAUGCUGCAUCGAUUGUUGGCUUCUGUUCUAUAAUAUGUCGUCAAACCAAUGUAGUAUUUGUUGCCAUUUAUGGGGGCAAAUACAUAUUAACAGAACUGUAUGGGAGUUGGGCGCAAAAAAGCGCUCCAUUGAGGAGAGCAGGAAGAUUCCCGGUCAAAAAUUUGAAGGCGUUUCUUUCAGAUAUGCUGACAAAGCCUUUAAAAUCUGUGGCGGCUACUACAAUUCAAUUUUGGCUGAAUGCUGCUUGUUAUAUCAGCGUCUUAAUUUCCUUUUUGAUUUUCUUGUUGAUAAACGGCGGUAUAGUUGUUGGGGACCGAAGUUCACACCAAAUGUCGAUUAAUGUACCGCAACUGUUCUAUUUCAGUCUGUUUUGCCUGGUUUUCGGUUGGCCCCAUUUCGUUGGAGAAGUCUUUAAUUUCUUGAGUUUCGUUAAACGCCAUAAAUUGUUAAUUUUAUUGGGCGCCCUGCUUGCGUUUAUCGCGGUUCACUACAAUACUGUGGUACAUCCUUAUUUAUUAGCUGAUAAUCGGCAUUUUAUGUUUUAUAUUUGGAUCAGAUUUUAUGGUAAAUAUUGGUGGUUUCGGUAUGCGUUGAUUCCCAUUUACAUGUUCUCGUUUUAUGUAAUCAUUAAAACAUUGUGGGAUAAGAAAGAUGUUAGCUUUUUUAUUUUGUUCACUUUUGGUGUUUCUGUAUUGCUGAUUAGCCAAAGUCUACUCGACUUAAGGUAUUUUUUCAUUCCGUAUAUUAUAAUUCGUUUUAAGAUGAAGAACGUAGAUUCGGCUGUUUUUAAUGUUAUGCUCGAGUUCGUCACAUACGUUGCCAUGAAUUUGUUCACUUUUAACAUAUUUUUUACCAAAACAUUUUACUGGAGUGAUAGCGAGUAUCCGCAGAGAAUUGCUUGGUGAAACUCAAACACCCAAUGCAAUGUUAUGUAUAUAGUAUUUUUCUAUGACAUAUUUGUAAAAGUAUGUAUAUUUUUUUAAAGACAAAGCCACGGAACGAAGGAACACACUGUUUUUUCAUUACAAGUUUCCAGCUGUUACUUAAAAGGUUUGAACAGAUAUAAAGACUGUACUUGUUGUUACUUAACUUAGUUAUUAUUAUUUUUGGUAAACGUGUUUUGUCGCCAUUGUUUAGAUAUAGGGUAGUUAGUGUUUUUGUUUUAAUUAUCCAUAAAGAAAAAACAUUUUUAAA